AUGGCGUCCGCUAUCACUCCUUCAACAACCCGCUCAGCCAUCCGGACAUUCGUUCGACAUUACUCUGCCCCCAUCGAUGCCACCAUCCCCGCGUCCAAGGUGAAAUAUGUGCCCACGUCCGGCACCUACCCCAAGGGUUUCAGAGUCUCUGGAACCCACGUGGGCGUCAAGCCGGCCAACAAAUCCCAUCCGGACCUGGCUCUGAUCGCCUCCGACAGGCCCGCGUUCGGCGCCGCCGUCUUCACCACCAACAAGUUCCAAGCCGCGCCCGUCCAAGUGAGCAGAGCCGUGCUCGAGAAGCGCGGCGGCGCAGGGUUGAGGAGUAUCAUUGUCAACUCUGGCUGCGCCAAUGCCGUCACAGGUCAAGGAGGUGUGGACGACGCGUGGGCCAUGUCCCGGACAGCAUCUGCCCAAUUCCAACAACGGUCACAGUCAUCAUCCAACGCGGAAGAUGCAAACAGCCUCGUCAUGUCCACGGGCGUCAUCGGCCAGAGACUCCCCAUCCAAAAGAUCCUGGCAAAGAUCCCCGCCGCGUACGACAAUCUGGGAAGUGACCACGACUCCUGGCUGACCACGGCACGCGCAAUCUGCACCACGGACACGUUUCCAAAACUCCUAUCCACAACGUUCACUUUACCCGGCGCUCAACAUCAGGGCGUCGAGUACAGAUUGGCAGGAAUGACUAAAGGCGCGGGGAUGAUCCACCCCAACAUGGCCACACUGCUGGGAAUAAUGUGCACCGACGCCCCGAUCAGCUCAGCAGCGCUACAAUCCCUACUGACCACCGCGGUGAACAAAUCGUUCAACUGCAUCUCCAUCGACGGAGACACCUCCACCAACGACACGGUCGCCAUCCUCGCCAACGGGGCCGCUUCUGACCCCUCAUCCAACACCCCAAUCUCCUCCUCCUCCAGUGACGACUACACCGCCAUGUCAUCGAUCCUGACAUCCUUCUCACAGAGACUCUCCCAACUGGUGGUCCGCGACGGCGAAGGCGCCACCAAGUUCGUGACGAUCCGCGUCCGCAACGCGCUCACCUCCGGGGACGCCAAAUCCAUCGCCUCCACCAUCGCCCGCUCCCCGCUCGUCAAGACGGCCCUGUACGGCAAGGAUGCCAACUGGGGCCGCAUCCUCUGCGCCAUCGGGUACACGCCCGACAUCUCCCUCUCCAGCACCGCCGAAUCCGUCAUCCCCGCGAGGACAAACGUGUCGUUCGUGCCCGCCGAGACCUCAAAGUCAAAGGACGAGGGCGUCUUGCGGUUGCUGGUCAACGGCGAACCACAGGCCGUGGACGAGAGCCGCGCCGCGAGGCUGUUGGAGGACGAGGACCUGAUCAUCGACGUCGACUUGGGCGUCGGACGAGAAGAAGGAUAUUAUUGGACCUGCGACUUUAGUCACGAGUACGUCACCAUCAAUGGGGACUACCGCACGUAG